AUGAGAGUGGUUGUGCUCGCCCUGUCUCUGGCCCUCGUGGCUCCAGAGUUUGCUGCUGGGAAGACAUACACGUACAAGUAUGAGGCUCUACUCCUCAGCGGGGUGCCAGAGCAAAGUACGGCAAGAGCCGGCCUGAAGGUCAGCAGCAAAGUCCUUAUCAGUGCCACAUCUCAGAACAUGCUGAUGCUGAAGCUGGUAGAACCUGAGAUCCUUGAGUACAGCGGCAUGUGGCCAAAGGAUCCCAUGACUAAAGCUACCAAACUGACUUCCGCACUGACAUCUCAGCUCAUGACACCCAUCAAGUUUGAGUAUGACCACGGUGUGGUUGGCAAAAUGUAUGCUCCAGCGGGAGUCUCUGUCACGGUGAUGAACAUCUACAGAGGCAUCCUGAAUGUCCUUCAGCUGAACAUCAAGAAGACCCAGAAUGUCUACGAGCUGCAGGAGGCUGGAGCGCAGGGAGUGUGCAAGACCCUCUAUGCCAUCACUGAAGACGAAAAGGCUGAGCGCAUCCUGCUGACAAAGACCAGGGAUCUGGACCAUUGUCAGGAGAGGAUUGUGAAGGACCUGGGGUUGGCAUACACUCAGACAUGUGCCAAGUGCCAGCAGGUUUCCAAGUCCCUGAGAGGAGCAACUGCAUACAACUACAUCUUGAAGGAGGUUUCUAGUGGGGUCAUGAUUCUUGAGGCAACAGUCAACGAGCUGAUUCAGUACACCCCCUUCACCGAGGUCAACGGCGCUGCGCAGAUGGAGACCAAGCAAUCCUUGGUAUUCGUUGAGAUUACUAAAGGACCCAUCAUUCCCAUCAAUGCAGCUUACAUCCACCGUGGAUCUCUGAAGUACGAGUUUUCCAAUGAGCUCCUUCAAACACCCAUUCAGAUGGUGAGGGUCCGGAACAUCCAGUCCCAGGUAUCCCCACUUCUCUUAGUAAAAUCAGAGGAUCGAUUCAAGAGCAUUUCCGACCUGUCUAAGUCCUCCCGGCUGUAGAUUUUGCAGAUUCUGGACCAUCUGGUGGUUCACAACAAGGAACGAGUCCACGAGGAUUCCCCCUUGAAAUACAUGGAGCUGGUGCAGUACCUGCGUAGUGCUCAUUUUGAGGACCUGGAAAUGAUUUGGAACCAGUUCAAACACAAACCUGAUUACAGGUGACAUGUUCAUCUGAAUGUUGAUGUCAAUGACUUAUGGAACAGCAUGAGUCAUCAUUGAUUCAUGUACAGGAAAUGGAUCAUCGAUGCCGUUCCUUCCAUUGGCAACGAAGUUGCUCUGAAGUUCAUUAAGGAAAAGAUCUUGGCCAAUGAGCUGACUAUGGCUGAAACAGCUCAAGCCUUGAUCGCAUCUAUUCACUUGGUGACGGCCAACAGCGCCGCCAUCAAGGAGAUCGAGUCUCUGCUGGUCAACAACAAAAUCAUUGAGAACCAAAUUCUCCGUGAGAUUGUCUACCUUGGCUAUGGAACAAUGAUUUCCAAGCACUGCGUCGACAAGGCUGUCUGUCCAUCUGAACUGAUCAAGCCCAUCCAAGAGCAACUUGCAGAUGCCGUAGCCAAAGACGAAACCAGGGACAUCGUCCUGUUCUUAAAGGUUCUGGGUAAUGCUGGUCUUCCAACCAGCAUUAAGCCAAUCACAAAGAUCCUGCCCAUCCACGGCACUGCUGCUACAUCCUUGCCCAUGAGAGUUCACUCUGAUGCCAUCAUGGCCCUGAGGAACAUUGCAAGGAAGGAACCCAGAAUGAUCCAGGAUUUGUCUCUUCAGCUUUACAUGGACAAGGCUCUCCACCCUGAGCUCCGUAUGCUUGCUUGCAUCGUGCUGUUUGAGACCAGGCCACCCAUGGGACUAGUGACAACUCUGGCCAAUAUAGUGAAGAAUGAGGAGAAUCUGCAAGUGGCAAGUUUCACCUACUCUCACAUGAAGUCCCUGACCAGAAGCACCACUAUUCCUCAUGCGUCUGUUGCUGCCGCCUGCAAUGUUGCCAUCAAAAUCCUCAGCUCAAAGCUGGAUAGAAUGAGUAUGCGUUUCAGCAAGGCCGUGCACAUGGACAUCUUCAACACUAACUACAUGGUUGGAGCUGCUGCGAGCACUUUCUACAUCAAUGACGCUGCCACCAUCCUGCCAAGAUCUGUCAUCGCCAAGGCCACCGCCUACAUCGCUGGAGCUGCUGCCGAUGUCCUUGAGUUUGGAGUGAGAACCGAAGGAAUCCAGGAGGCUUUCUUGAAGAACUCUGCUAUCACUGAAAACGUGGACAGGAUCACCAAAAUGAAGCGCGUCAUUAAGGCUAUCUCAGACUGGAGGUCUCUUCCUGUGUAUCCGCCUCUGGGUUCCGUCUAUAUCAAGUUAUUUGGACAGGAAGUUGCUUUCGCCAACAUCGACAAAUCCUGGGUGGAUCAGGCAAUUGCAGUAAGUUUCAAUUCAGUCAAGGAACUUCCCGACUCCUGAAAGUCAAAGCAAAUUGUUCCACAACAGAUCGCGACUGGACCCUCUGUUGAGAAUACGGCAAGAGACAUUGUGAAGAGUCUGCUCUCUGGCAUUUCCCUCAACUUCAUUAAGCCAGUCCUGGCUACCGAAAUGAGGCGUAUUUUGCCAACUGCUGCCGGUCUGCCAAUGGAGCUGAGUCUCUACACUGCUGCCGUCGCGGGCGCAAAUGUUGAAUUCAAGGCCAAAGCUACACCAAGUCCACCAGACAAUUUCCGCCUCAGUCACCUUUUGAAGACCAACAUUGAGCUUCAAACAGAGAUGAAACCAAGCAUUGCCAUGAACUCCUUUGCUGUGAUGGGCAUCAACACAGAGAUCAUUCAGGCUGUCGUGCUGUCCAGAGCAAGUGUCAACUCAUUCAUUCCUGCAAAAAUUGAGGCAACACUGGACAUUGCUGAGGGUCACUUUAAGAUUGUGGGCCUGCCUGUGGGCUCACAUGAGCACUUUGGAUAUGCACACAUCGAGACGAACGCUAUUGUGAGGAAUUUUGAGGAACCAUCGGGCGAGAAAAGUACUCCCGUCAUUCCAAUGAAGGUUGUGAAGACAGCAGAAAUAAUCUCAUCUCGUAUGGUUUCCAACGCCGCAAGUGUGGUAAGUUAACUUUUUUAUCAGCAUGAAGGAAAUUAUUUUGAAGUCGUAUUCAUACUGCCACAGUCCAAAUCCUCUGAGAUGGUCGAGCCAGAAAUUGACUCAGUGGUAGAGCCCAUCAUCAAGAACAAACGGGAGAUAUUUCAGAAGAAGUACUGCGCUAAAGUCGCUGUCGUCGGAGUGAAGACCUGUUUCAAAUUAGAGAGACAAAAUGUUGCUUCCAAGAAGACCAUUUUCAACUGGUUGAUUGGAAAGAAUUCCAUUGCUUGGUCCAUGAUUCCAAUUGAAGGCAAGGCCGUUGAACGACUGGAGAUGGAGGUCCAGGUUGGAGCAAAAGCAGCAGAGAAACUGAUCAAGAGGAUCAAUCUGAGUGGGGAAGAGGAGGAGGAGGAGGCAAUGCCUCCAGUUAAACCAGUGCUGGCCAAGCUCAAGAAAAUCCUGACUCCUGGUCUGAAGAACAGCACCAUGUCAUCCUCGUCUUCCAGCUCAAGCCAUUCUAGUUCAAGCCUUGGCUCAAAGUCCUCCGCUUCUAGCUCUUCUUCUCGACUUAGCAGCAAGCCAGUCAAGCCCCUCAGUAAGCGACGCAGCGUGAGCGUCAGUAGCAGCAGUCGUGUAAGCAGCAAGAGCAGCAGCAGCAGCAGCAGUCGCGUCAGCAGCAGCAGCAGAGUUGGCAGCAAGAGCAGCAGUAGCAGCAGCAGCAGCAGCAGUCAAGUUAGCAGCAAGAGCAGCAGCAGCAGCAGAUCCUCUCUGAAGAGAAAGUCUUUCAAAUUCAGCUCAGAGUCCAGUCUGGAAUCUCUCUUCACCUCUAGCUCCAGCUCCAGCUCCAGCUCCAGUGCAUCCAUUGAGCCCAUCUCCAAGCGAGUGGACAACCGUCAGAAGUUUGUCAGACACCACAAGAAGCAGAUGAUCCGCCCCAAAGCUACCUCAGCAGAAAUGUCCAGGAGCAGAAGCAGUGCCUCUAGCUUUGAAGCCAUCUACUCAAAGAAAAAGUUCCUUGGCAAGGAAGUUGAGCCUUCACUGGCCAUCAUCUUCCGCGCCGUGAGAGCAGAUCAGAAGGUCGAGGGAUUCGAAAUCUCUGCUUACCUUGACAAGCCUGCUGCAAGACUUCAAAUCAUUCUGGCUGCGCUGGCUGAAGAAAACAACUGGAAGUUCUGCGCCGAUGGCAUCAUUCUCAGCAAGCACAAAGUCACUGCAAAAUUCGCAUGGGGAGCUGAGUGCAAGCAAUAUGACACCAUAAUCAUAGCUGAGACUGGUCUCCUCGGACCAAACCCAGCCGCUCGCCUUAGACUGGCCUGGACUGAGAUCCCUUCUGUUGUGAGACGCUACGCCAACAUGGUGAUAAAAUACAUUCCCGAAUACAUUUGGGCUGACUGGAUUCACGGCAAGGAAUUAAACAGUGAAAAGCAGCUGUCGCUCACUCUGGUGGCCACAUCUGACAAAACUCUGGAGCUGAUCGGAAAGACACCAACACGCACCCUCUACAGGCUCAACCUGCAUCUUCCCAUCGCUCUGCCACUUGACGACAUGACCGGCUUGGUUCCUUUCGAUGACCUCAGUGAAAAGAUCAGCUUCAUCAUGUCCAAAGCUGGAGCAGCCGAGUGCCGCUACGAGAAAGAGACGCUGACCACAUUCAACAAGAGGAAAUUCAAAAACGAGAUGCCACUGUCUUGUUACCAAGUUGUGGCCCAGGACUCUACGGAGGAGAUGAAGUUCAUGGUCUUGUUGAAGAAGGACCACGUCGAACAGCACCACCUCAAUGUCAAGGUUGCCGACAUUGAUAUCGACCUGUAUCCCAGGAAUUCUGACAUGAUAGUGAAGGUCAACGGAAUGGAAAUCCCUAUCAGCAACCUGCCAUACCAGCAUCCUACAGCUCGAAUCCAGAUCAGACCACGUGGUGAGGGCAUUUCUGUCAUCGCACCCAGCCUGGGACUUCAUGAGGUCUACUUUGGAAGAAACUCCUGGGGGGUAAGAGUUUCUGACUGGAUGAAGGGGAAAACUUCUGGACUUUGCGGGAGAGCUGACGGUGAAAUUAAGCAGGAGUUCCACACACCCUAUGGACGUGUGACCAAAAGCCCCGUCAGCUUUGCUCACUCUUGGGUUCUGCCUGCUGAGACCUGCCGCGACACGUCUGAGUGCCGUAUGAAGCUUGAAUCCGUGAUGCUGGAGAAGCAGAUGGUUCACCAUGGCCAAGAUUCCAAAUGUUUCUCUGUGGAGCCUGUGUUGCGCUGCCUGCCUGGGUGCUUCCCUGUAAAGACCAUCCCAGUCACGGUUGGCUUCCACUGCCAGGCAACUGCAACCCCAGUGAUGCCACCAGCCAGAAUUUACGAGUCGAGCGUGGACCUGAGGGAAACAGCAGAAGCUCACAUGGCCUGCAGCUGCACCGCUCAGUGUGCUUAA